UAUUCAUUAGCAGGCCUGUUGGCGGCUAAUUAUAAAGUUAUACAUAAACAGAAGACUGAGCAUUGUUAGUCCCUACGUAGUAAUAAUUUUCCGUUGCGGUGUACAUCUGGCUGCCGACUGGAAGCCUACACUUGCUUUCCAGCCGUGCUUUACUGCAUGGUCUUGAUUUAAGUUGCUUGAGUUUAUUGUUUGACUUUCUUGACAGGAAUUAUACAAUUGUAUUCUGGAUCGUUGUCUGCGUCAACCGUAAUCAUGCAAGCCGUUGGCUUGAGAAUUCUGCUGUUGUUAGCAGCGUUGAUCUGCAGCUGCAGUGGUCUGGAUUACGUGAUUUUUGGGCCGAAGACGGUGCACUCGGGGAAAAAACUCCCUGUUUCCAUUCUGUGCCACAAUGCAUCGUCCGAUGUGAAAGUGGAUAUCAUUUUGCUACCGCAGUCCCCAAGCUGGGAUGAUUCAGAUGCUGAUGGAGACGGUCGUCCAGAUCGAGUUUCAGCGUCGAAUAAUUUUACGUUCAAGAAGACCUUCGUAAUCAAGCCGAACCAGCUAAGCCAAGUGGAACUUCCUAUUGGCGAUCUAUCCAGUUAUGUCAAAACUCGACCAGCCAGUAACGUGAUUUUGAAGAUUAAUGGAUCGGAUUCGAAUGAUUUUUUCAAUCGCGAUGUUAGAGAUCUUAAAGUUGUUGACGGGGAUAAGCCGGAUGCCGCUAAAACACAGUUCGCUUUUGUCCAAACUGACCAGCCUCUGUAUAAAGCCAGAGACACCGUUCGCUUCCGUAUUGUCACUGUGGACCAACAACUGGUUCCUGUUUAUAUCCCGCUGACUGUGCAAAUACGGGAUCCACAAAAUAAUAUAAUCAAGCAAUAUUCCAAUGCGUCAGACCCUACUGUUUUGGGUUAUUUCGCCGGCGAUGUCCAGUUGUCGUCGGAACCGUUAUUGGGCGUAUGGAAGAUCGAAGCCCGCAGUUCGAAUGGAGAAAAUGUAAUCGGCAGCAAGGAAUUCUCUGUUGAUGAAUAUGUUUUGCCGCGGUUUGACGUUAAAAUCCUGUCCACUCCGGCUUACGUGACCCCGUCGGACUCCGAUCUGAACUUUUUCGUGGAGGCAAAUUACACAUUUGGUGAAGCGGUUAAAGGCAAACUGGAAGUGACCGUCAUUGCACCACCGAAAUGGGCGGACGAAGUGCUGCGCAUCGGGUUUCACAGUAAUCCUCAACCAUCUCCGUUGAAUAAAUCUAUCCAGAUCACGGACUUUAACGGACGAUCGGCGAUUAAUGUUCCUCUUAGUUCUGUACUGGACAAGGAUCGAAAGUACAACUCCUACGACAGACUCGAAAUCCGUGCUAACUUUACGGAAACCCUAACUGGUCAAACACGAAAUGUCUCGACAACUGUAUCCAUCACCAAUAAGCCUUACAAACUAGAUUUGUUAAACAACCCCGACACGUUUCUGCCCGGUUUCCCGUACACGUUGCGCGCCCGUGUGGCCGAUCUUACCGGACGUCCGCUUCCACCCAGAACGAAGCAGUUAAACAUCGAAGUGUCAUUUUACGAUAAACGUGCUAGUUGGGGAAAAAGGAUUUCCAGUGACAAAAAUCUGAACGAAAGUGUAGUUGUUCAGGAUUCGGAUGAUAGUGUCGCUGACGAUGAUGUUCCGGUGGGCCCGCUACGAUCAACCUCCAGCGAUGAUGUGGGAUUUUCUCACCGACGGCAUCGACCGUUUCCUUGGCCACGCCCUCCUCGACCAUCCCCUAAACCCAUUCCUGCAGAAAAAAUUUCCAUUGCGGUUCCGGCUGAUGGAUUCAUCAGGACGGAUAUCCCAACUCCCAAGCAUGCGCGUCGAAUGGAAUUGAAGGUCAUCUACAUGGAAGAGGAGAAACGCUUAACCGUUAAGGGAAAGGAGUCUCCCAGCAGCAGUUUCCUCGAAAUUAAGCCAUUGACGGACAAUCUACAGACAGGGAAAACUGGGAGUUUUGGUAUUAAUAUGACCACACGGACUAACGAAGUCAUCCAGUUCCUGGUCCAGUCUAAUUCGAACGACAGUUUUCUCUGGAGCAAUUCAACUUCGGAAGCUGGCUCGUAUGUCGUUAUUUCCGUUCCUUUGAUGGAAUCCAUGGGCCGUAUCGGUCGGUUAAUGGUAUAUUACGUCCGUGCGGAUAAAGAAAUCGUGGGAAAUAUUCUGGUCUUAGCGCCUGCGUUGGGAAUGAAGAACGCUGUGACUAUUUCUGCGCAGCCAAGUAGUGGUCUGGGUUACGCUAAGCCCGAGGAAGAUGCGUCCUUUAAAGUCACUACAAGUCCUUUGUCUUUUGUGGCUUUUCUGGCUAUGGACGAAGGUCUGCUGUUAAUGAAAAGUGGGAACGAUAUUUCCUCAGACGAAGUGAAUUCGGCUGUGAGCAAGGACAAAUUCACUCUUUCUAAUCUAUAUUCGACUCAGGAUUACUUUGAGAAAGCGUACACUUCCGGACAAUUUAUCUUGACCAAUGAUAAACUGACUAGCUCAACGGAAACAGAACCCUACCAAUACAGACCUUGGCUGUCUGGCAUUUCGGGCGUAGCGGGGAGGCCCAUGUUCUCAAUGAUGGCAAAAUCGCCCUCCCGGAGUGCAUCGGCCAGCAGUGCAUCCCUAAAUAGCCUUCAGAUGUCUGCAGUAUCGAUAGGGUCGUUUGCUGGGGGAGCGUCCGGUGCUAGCGCACUACCUACUGAGAAUCGGAGUGGGUUUUUCGAACUCAGUACCCCGAUGCCUUCAGCGACUUCUGAAUCAAGCAAGGAAGCCGACAAUCUGCAAGCGCCGGCCCAAACGCGAAAAGAUUUUCGUCAGAGUUUCUUGUUUGAAACCGCAGAGGCUGAUGCUAAUGGCUUUACGGAAAUUCACUCCAAAGUACCUGACUCAAUUACCACGUGGAAGGUUUCAGCCUUCAGUUUAAACAAUUCCACUGGACUCGGACUGACCUCAGAUCCUGCCAGGCUGAAAGUUUUCCAACCAUUCUUUGCUGUAUUGAAUUUACCAUUCAGCAUUGUCCGCUUCGAGAAUCUCACAGCUGAAGUCCUUGUGUUCAACUACAUGUCGCAGCAGCAAGAUGUGACGGUUCAACUGGAAAUCCGCAAUCCCGACAACACCACCGCUGUAUUUAAGAAGAACGUCGUUGCAAAGCCUAGCGAAGGCACCACAGCUGCCUUCACGGUCAUCCCGCAGCAGAUUGGUGACCUAACUUUAAAGGUCACCGCUCAGUCGACAUUUGCGGCGGACCAGCUGGAAAAGACGCUUCCCAUCAAACCCGAAGGAGUGAAGCAGUAUUUCACGCGACCGGUAUUUCUUGAUCUUCGCAAAUCGUCUCCGCUGAAUAUUCCCGUGGCGCUGCCAGCCAAUCCGACCGGCAAAGUGGACGGCUCCGAUAAAGUGGAGGUGCGCGUGGUGGGCGAUAUUUUGGGUGCAGCGAUGAACAAUUUGGACAAGUUGAUUCGCUUGCCUACCGGGUGCGGUGAACAGAAUAUGGCCACUACGACGCCGAAUCUGGUCGUCGCCAAAUAUCUCAAACAGAUCAACAAGUUGGUUGAGCCGCAAAAAUCGAAACUUAUAGCUAACAUGCAGCUGGGUUAUCAGCGAGAAUUAAAGUACCGCCACAGCGAUAACUCCUACAGCGCCUGGGGACCAUCCGAUCCGAAAGGCUCGACUUGGUUGACUGCCUAUGUUGCCCGGGUUUUCGCUGAAGCUGUGGAAUUUGUUCCCAGUAUUGAGGAUGAUGUGAUAAAAACAGCGCUGCGUUUUCUGGUCGAUCAACAGAACGAUGAAGGGGCAUAUAUUGAAAACGGAAAGGUCAUCGAUAAACAGCACCAAGGCGGCGCUUCCUCGGGAGUGGCCUUGACAGCUUACUGUGUUCUGUCCUUUUUGCAGUACAAGGAGUCUGGCAAAGCUUCCGUAUCGAGGUUUGACGAAUCCGUUAAGACAGCUGUCACGUAUUUGGAAUCGAAAUUCACCAGUUUGAACAAUGAUUCGUAUUCGCUAGCCAUCACCGCAUAUGCUUUAGCGCGGGCGAAGAGUGCCAAGAGCGCUAUGGCAUUGGAUCUGUUGGAACAGAAAACGAUAAAAAACAGCACAGCUGCGUACUGGACCACGGUUGCUUCCCUUUCUGAUCAAGGAGCGGAUACUGACCAUUCAUACCCGACCAAUGCUAAGGAUGUGGAGGCCACCGCUUACGCGUUAUUAGCGUAUAUGGCCAACGAUAAACUCUCAUCUGCGCUUCCGGUUGUCACAUGGCUGAUAUCCAAACAGAAUGCUGAGGGUGGUUUCUUGUCUACACAGGAUACUGUUGUGGGUCUGAUGGGAUUAGCGGAGUUUGUUAAGGUGUUUGUCAAUCCACCGUCAAUACAGCUGGAUAUCAAUUAUGAUGAGUCCAAACGUAGCCUCUCGAUCACCCCGGAUACAGCCGUCGUUCUGCAGAACGUCGAGCUUCCGAAAAAACCAAAAGCAAUCUCCCUGAAUGCACAAGGAAAGGCGUAGCACUGGCUUAUGUGAGUUGGACAUACUAUGUUGCCAAACCGGCGGAAGACGUUGCGUUCGAUCUGAAUUUGACCACGACUGCGUCAAAAUCUGACCUUCGAAUGGGAAUUUGCAGCCGGUAUCUACGCGAAGGCAUGAGUAGUAUGGCCGUAAUUGAGGUCAAUACUCUUUCUGGCUACCAGUUCGACGAGGAUGAGAUUGGCAAAUUAAUCAAAACUGUUCCCAGUUUGCGUAAAACCGAAUUCGAAAACAAGGAUACAAAGGUCAACUUGUAUUUCGACCAGUUGGAACAGGCGCCUACAUGUUUGAAGCUGACCAUGUACCGUAUUUACAAAGUGAAGGAUUUGAAGGAUCAGAGCGUGGUCGUUUAUGAUUACUAUAACCCCAAAGAAAGGCGAACCACUUCGUACAAUCUGUCGUAAUUCAACAAAAAAAUAAAGAAGCCUUCGUUGCAUUAAGUAUUGAACAUUGGAUUCGAACUGAAUUCGAAUCUCUUUAGAUGUUUGACUUUGAAAUCUGGUUGUUUUGACUAUGUUAGUGCGUAAUGGUGUAAUGGCACGCUUGCAGCUAAAGGCGAUCAUUGCGUAGAAAAUAGAAUUUUGUUGAACGUUUUUGCUUCUUCGGAUUUAUAUUACGGAGUGACAGACAAUUUUUCGGCCAAUAUUUUUAUGCUGGAUUUGGUGAUGUAACUGAAAUCAAAAAUAAAG